UGACUUUUCCUCCUUGAGGGCUAGAGGUGAAGCGGCUCCCCACCUUGCUAAGCCUUUAGGGUGAUCCCGGCUGCCAGUCAGUCAGCCUUCCCUGGGCCCACAGAGAUGGGUGUGUGGGGGGGUCUCUGCACAUGGGCAGGGGCAUCUGCGUGUGUCAGUCUGAAUGUGCAUGGGUGUGCCUGGUGCCCGUGUGCGUGUGCACGUGGGGUUGUGUGUUUACGGGGGCCUGCGUCUGCCCUGCAGAGCAAGAGGGGAUAGAGAUGCUAAGGUGAUGGCUGACAUGGCUCUGGGGUUUCCCUACUCUCAGAAGUACUUGUUGCGUUCCAUCUUCGCCAGCAGCCCGGUGAAGUCUGCACUGCUUUUCUCCCCAUUUUGCAGAUGAGAUUGUGGGGCUCGCCAGCAUCCCCCACGGCUUCUGAGUAGCUCAGGAGUGGAGUCAGCACCACGCCAGGCUCCCCGCGCCUGCCUUGCCCUCACUUGUUCCUGCUCUCUAACAGAGGCAGCAUGGUCCGCAGGGCACCAUGGGGCCGGACAGAGUGACAGCACGAGAACUGUGCGAGAACGACGACCUGGCCACCAGCCUCGUCCUGGACCCCUACCUCGGUUUCCGCACCCAUAAGAUGAACGUCAGCCCUGUGCCCCCACUGCGGCGACAGCAGCACCUGCGCUCAGCGCUGGAAACUUUCCUGAGGCAGCGGGACCUGGAGGCUGCGUACCGGGCCCUGACGCUGGGAGGCUGGACGGCCCACUACUUCCAGAGCCGGGGCCCGCGGCAGGAGGCUGCCCUCAAGACCCACGUCUAUCGCUACCUCCGUGCCUUCCUGCCGGAAAGUGGCUUUACCAUCCUGCCCUGCACGCGCUACUCCAUGGAGACCAACGGGGCCAAGAUCGUGUCCACUCGUGCUUGGAAAAAGAAUGAGAAGCUGGAGCUGCUGGUGGGCUGCAUCGCAGAGCUGCGGGAGGCGGAUGAGGGGCUGCUGAGGGCUGGUGAGAAUGACUUCAGCAUCAUGUACUCAACCCGCAAGCGAAGUGCUCAGCUGUGGCUGGGCCCAGCCGCCUUCAUCAACCAUGACUGCAAACCCAACUGCAAGUUUGUGCCUGCAGAUGGGAACGCCGCCUGUGUGAAGGUGCUCCGGGACAUCGAGCCUGGGGACGAGGUGACGUGCUUCUACGGCGAUGGCUUCUUCGGCGAGAAAAAUGAGCACUGUGAAUGCUACACCUGUGAGAGGAAAGGCGAAGGAGCUUUCCGAACGAGACCUAGGGAGCCUGCGUUGCCACCACGGCCCCUGGACAAGUACCAGCUACGUGAGACCAAGCGGCGGCUGCAAGGCCUGGACAGCGGCGGCCGACAGGGCCUCCUGGGCCCUCGGGUCUGCCUGCACCCGUCCCCACUGCGCCGGGACCCGUUCUGUGCCGCCUGCCAACCCCUGCGCCUGCCAGCCUGUAGCGCCCGCCCAGACACCUCACCCCUCUGGCUCCAGUGGCUGCCUCAGCCCCAGCCCCGAGUGCGGUCCCGGAAGCGCCGACGCCCCCGGCCCCGGAGGGCCCCAGUGCUCUCCACCCACCACGCCGCCCGCAUCUCCCUGCACCGAUGGGGAGGCUGUGGCCCCCACUGCCGCCUGCGAGGAGAGGCCCUGGUGGCCCUGGGCCAGCCCCCCCGUGCCCGCUGGGUUCCCCAGCAGGACUGGCACUGGGCCCGGCGCUAUGGGCUGCCUUACGUGGUGCGUGUGGACCUUCGUCGCCUGGCCCCAGCCCCACCACCCACCCCAGCCCCUGCUGGAACCCCAGGCCCCAUCCUGGUCCCGAAGCAGGCCCUCGCCUUCGCCCCCUUCUCCCCACCCAAGCGCCUACGGCUGGUGGUCAGCCACGGUUCCAUCGACCUAGAUGUCGACGGGGAAGAGCUGUGACAGGCCAGACGGGGAGGCCCAGCAGGGAGAGAGGGUCCCUCUCCUAGCUACUCCCCAGGACCUUCAGAAGGAGCCCUUGGACCUCUGGGAGGGAGCUGACCCUUGACUCCAGCAUAGCUCUGACCCUGGAACGGGGUUGGUUUGGAUGCCCCCAGGGAUCUGACCCCUGACCCUUUGUGACUGCUGACCCCUGAGCCACCCCCACUCCCACAGGGAGCCCUGGCCAUUUGCUGCCCUUCCCACCCCUGCCCCAGCCUCAGGACUGCAGGAGCCGUCCGCCUCCCUCAGCCCCUUCCUCCCCAGGGAGCAAAGCCAUAAGGGGCAGGGGCCACCCCACGGCAUCUCCUCGGAAGUACAGGCCUCAGGAGGAGGUGGAACUGACGGGGGGUGGCACUCCCCGGAGACUGUCCUCACGAGGGGACUGGGUUCGCUCUCAGCUCUGCAGCUGUCUACAGUGGGGGGAAGGUUGGGGGGUGUCUGGGGGCAUGUUCCCCUCACCACCCCCUGUGGGUCUCAGGGAGGCCGGGUGCGACCUCAUCUUUCUCAUGGUGCUAUCCUGGUGCUAUCGGGGUGGGGGGCUCCCUCCCCUCCCCCACACCAGAAAGGGGUAUGUUGGGGGAUUGGAAGCACUUGAACUUUUUAUUUUAUUAAAACCUUGUUAUAAGCAGCA